AUGAACAACCGGUGUGAAUGUGACGUGGUCAAAGUGCUCAUUGGUAACGUUGCGUACUUAUCCAUUACAGACAAAGUUAUUUGGAAACGUCUUCUCAUUGAUGGAGACAACCAAAGUAUCAAUGUUCUUUUGAAGAACUUUACUAAAUGGUGCAAUUCAACUGGGUUGCCUGAAGAAGGAUUUACACAGUACCAGAGGAUGUUGGGUACAUAGGCACAAUGUCAAUUCUCAAUGGGGAAUACCUUGCUGGUGUAUGACAUGAACCUCUGGGAAAUGGAAAACGAUGAGAAAAUAUACACUGACAUUGAACAAAACAUAACAUCAGCACAUGAUAAAUCAGAAUGACAAAAGGAGAUCCAGAGGGCAAAGAAAAUCCAAAAUAAUCAGCAAGAGUAUGAUGCACUGGCAAAGGUCAUCCAGCAACAUCCAGAUGAACAUGGAACAUUAAAGUGAUAAGAAUGUGGACAUUUUUUUCUUGACAAAGAGCUUUAGCAGCUGUCCCACAUCAAAGAGAAUGUGGGAAAUAAGCUGGAAUUGAGGAAGAAACAGUUCCAUGUGCUCCUCUGUACCAUCCAGGAACUAUAA